ACUGUUUUUGACAGUUCUCCAAAUUGAAAUUUGGAAAUUGAAAUUUUCUUUAAAAAUGAGAUUGGGGUAGUUUGUAGUUAAAUUUAUCCAUAAUUUCUCGGAAAUUUAAAUGCUGUUGGCGAUAAACGUUGUGAAGUUAACUGAAUUAUUAAGCCACUAAUUCAUAUUUUCCAAGUUUGUGGCAUUUAACAUAACCUGCUGUAUAAUACUAGGUUAUGAAUUAAUACACCAUGGAAGAAAGAUCUCCUUUAACAAAUUAUUGCCGAACAGUUGCAAUUCGUUACCAUUUUGUUGUAAGAAAUAGUGAUAAAAAUGAUUUUUACAUCGAAUUUGUACCAGAAGAAGUAAGACAACUGGAAAUUACCACUCAUCCAGAUGAACCAGAUGAUACCAUAAAACCUGAAGAAAUUGAAUAUAUAGAUGAUGUAGAUUAUUUGAGAAGCUUAGAUCCUAAAGAAUGGAAAUCGCAAGAUCACUACAAGGUAUUGGGCAUAGAAAAUUUAAGAAUAAAAGCUACCGAAGACAUUAUUAAAACUGCUUAUCGCAAGAAAGUUCUGAAACAUCAUCCUGAUAAGAGGAAAGCAUUAGGAGAAGAAAUAAAACCAGACGAUGAUUACUUUACUAAUAUUACUAUGGCAUAUGAAGUUCUUGGAAAUCUCCAGAAGAGACGUGCAUAUGAUUCAGUUGAUCCAGAAUUUGACAACAAUAUUCCAAGCAGUUCUGAUAUAAAAAAGGAUUUCUAUAAAGUUUUUUCUUAUUAUUUCAACAUUAAUUCAAGAUGGUCAGAAAAAAGAAAUGUACCUAAACUUGGUGAUAGAAAUUCUUUACGUGAUCAUGUUGAAAGGUUUUAUUCCUUUUGGUAUGACUUUAAGUCUUGGAGGGAAUUUUCUUAUGAAGAUGAGGAAGAUAAAGACAAGUGUCAAGAUCGCGAUGAACGUAGAUAUGUAGAUAAAUUAAAUAAAGCAGAGCGUCAGAGAAAGAAAAAGGAGGAAAUGCUUAGAAUUAGAACUCUUGUAGAUUUAGCUUAUAACAAUGAUCCAAGAAUAGCAAAGUUCAAGCAGGAGGAUAAAGAAAAGAAGUUAGCUGUAAAAAGAGCGAAACAGACUGCUGCCCAACAGCGUAAAGAAGAGGAAGAAAGAGCCCUUAGGGAAAUACAGAUUGCUAAAGAGAAAGCCGAAGCAGCUGAAAAAGCUCGAAUCGAAGUCAAGAGACAAGAGCGUGAAGCAAUCAAGAAACUAUUAAAGAAGGAGAGGAAGCUUCUGAGGGAUACUUGUAAAGCAAACAAUUAUUUUACAGACAAUAAUACUAAUUCGUUUCAUUAUAUAACUACAGUAGAAUCAAUAUGUGAAAACCUGAGUGUAGAGGAGUUAGAGUUAAUAAAUAAUAAAAUUAAAAGUAAUGGUAAAGCGGCAUUCCUAAAAAUUGUGCAAGAGUACGAAGAAAGUUUAGAGAAAGAAAGACAAGCUGUAUUAGAAUCAACAAGGCAGAAGAAUAAUCAUGGUGAUGUUCUAGUGAGAGCGGCUCCCGAAUGGAAUGAAGAAAAUUUGCAAUUAUUAGUUAAGGCAGUAAAUUUAUUUCCCGCUGGAACAAACCAGAGAUGGGAAGUAAUAGCAAACUUCUUAAAUCAACACGGACAAUUUAAAAAAGAUAGUACUCAGUUUUCUGCAAAAUUAGUUUUAGCCAAAGCUAAAGAUUUACAAAAAACAGAUUUCUCCAAAAAUAAUUUGAAAGAGCAAGCGAACAAGAAAGCUUUUGAUACAUUCAAAAAAGAGAAGAAAAAUGUUAUAAAUAUGGAAAACGAUAUUUCUCUCAAGUUGGAGGAAGUUUCAAUAAGCGAUGUUAAAAAUAAUUCUGAAAUUAAUAACAAAACUACUGAAAAAGAUAUUACAACAAAUGGUACAAAAGAACCAGUUACUAGACAAGAAAAAGUAUCAAAAUCUGAUCAGCCUUGGACGGCCACUGAACAACAACUUUUGGAACAAGCUUUAAAAACAUUCCCGGCUUCUACAGCGGAACGGUGGGAUAGGAUAGCAGAAAGCAUACCGAGCAGAACAAAGAAGGAUUGUAUGAAACGAUAUAAGGAACUAGUUGAAACUGUUAAAGCCAAGAAAGCAGCUCAAGCAGCCAUUGGUGUGAAAUAGUGGACAUUUGUAUUACUAUAAAUAUAUUUAUUAUAAUAUUAUAAAAUUUGACCUUAGCUGUUUGAAAGGCCAAAAGUUUCUCAGUUUUAUUGUAUCAUUUCAUUGAAUAAACCGUGUUUCCCUAA